UAAACAACAUGGCGGAAAGACAAAGUGACGUAUAAUAACGUUCGACUCGAAAAACACACUCAGAAAACACUCAAAAAUGGCAUCGUCUUACUUCCCAGGCUCGGGAGAUAUCAUUAAUCUCAAUGUUGGUGGACAGAGGUUUAGCACAUCCAGACAUACUCUCACGUGGGUUCCCGAUACAUUUUUUACAUCACUUCUGUCAGGCCGAAUCUCAACUUUGAGGGAUGAAUCCGGGGCAAUUUUUAUUGACCGUGACCCUUCCCUCUUCAGCACAAUCCUUAACUAUCUCCGCACUCGGGAUCUCAAUAUAUCCAUCGUUGAUAUCAGUGCAUUGAGACAUGAAGCGGAAUAUUAUGGCAUUGCUCCCCUAGUAAAACGGCUGAUGCUGUGCCAAGACCUGCACCAUUCAUCAUGUGGGGAUGUCCUCUUUUGUGGAUACCUUUCACCUCCAAGCAUUCCAAUCCAAGAGCCUCCCACCCCGUCCAUCUCUGACAGCCAAAACAGGGCCACAGUCAAUGCAAACAACAGCCCAGGUGGAGUUGUGCGUCUCCCUGAGGCACCUGCAGCGAGUGGGGGGGUUCCAGGGCCAGGAGGCGGAGCUGUGGCUGUCCCCAGGCCAGGCCAUUCACGCAAUUCCUCCCUGGACAUGCGUCAUAAUCCCCAGAUAGUUGGGCAAGGUCUCCACAAUAAUGCGUAUCCUGGCCACAUUUCGCGAAGUUCAAGCGACCUCCGCAGCCACGCGGCUCGGUCACACUCUCGCACACCAUCAAUGGAUCUACGGCACUCACGCAACUCUUCUGCUGAUUUGAACAAGUUCUUCAAAACAGAGAUUGGUGUUCUAAAUAAUGUUGGGCCUCCAGGUUCAAGUUGGGUUGACCCGCUUCGUGUGCGGAUGGUUAAAGCCCACCACAACUGGAUCCUUGUUGCCUAUGCACACUUCGUCACUUGUUACAGGAACAAAGAUAGCACAGGCUGGCAGCUAGCCUUCACAUCCCCACACAUUGACCAGCUGAUUGAGCGUGCGGCUUUAAAUGCUAAGCUGUCUCCUCCCAGCCAAGGGGGUGAGGCGGGCCAGAAAAUGCUUGCCAUUUCUUACACUUCACACAUCAGGUUGUGGGGCAUCUCGGAGGAUGGGACGCGGAAUGACAUCGGCACAUUCAACCUGGGAGUACCAGUGGAGUAUCUGUUCUUCAUUGGGUCACAGCUGGUGGCUCUGUCCUCAGUGGGGAAGAUUGGGGUGUGGCAUGCCAUGACCCAGCACUGGCAGAUCCAGGAGGUCCUGCCCAUUGCCUCCUUCGACACAGCUGGUUCCUUCCUCCUCCUUGGAUGCACUAAUGGAUCAAUCUAUUAUAUAGACAUGCAGAAAUUCCCACUGCGAAUGAAGGACAAUGACCUCCUAGUCACAGAACUCUACCACGACCCGUCCAAUGAUAUUAUCACAGCUAUCUCAGUGUACCUCACUCCAAAGACAAUUCAACACCACACCUCAACAGAUGUGUGUGGGAAUUGGAUUGAAAUCGCUUAUGGAACAAGCUCCGGAACAGUGCGUGUGAUUGUGCAGCAUCCAGAGACAGUCGGCCAUGGACCACAGCUAUUCCAGACUUUCACUGUUCACAGGUUUCCUGUAACCAAGGUCACUCUCUCGGAGAAGCUCCUUAUCAGUGUUUGCAGCGAAUACAACCAUGUUCGCACUUGGUCUGUUACAAGGUUUAGGGGCAUGAUCUCUACUCAGCCUGGGUCAACGCCUCUCUCUUCUUAUAAGAUUCUUACAAUUGAUGAAGUAGAUCCCAAUAUAUAUUAUGCCAUUGCUAAUGAUUGUGGGCCUUAUGGUGAGCAAGAUGAUGAACAAGUGUUUAUCCAAAAGGUAGUCCCAGACACUGACCAGCUUUUUGUUCGUCUAGCAAGCAAUGGGAAAAGAGUAUGUGUCAUUAAGUCAGUGGACAACACAACCAUUAGUGGCUUUUGUGUGCACGAGUGUGAGGGAAGCAGCCGAAUGGGCUCCAGGCCUCGCAGAUACAUAUUCACAGGCCAUUCAAAUGGGGCAAUACAGAUGUGGGACCUGACCACAGCUUUGGAGCUGUGCAAUAAAGGUAGUGAUGCAGGCUUGGGCAUCAAUGGAGGCCCUGAACCUUCUGAGCUUCUCCGCCUCCUGGAUGUGUGUGACCUGAGUAAUUCCUCAUGCACUACGCCGUGUCUUUCCCCCUCACCCCUCACCCCAGCCAAUGCCCCUCCCCCCCACCAGCGCCCAUACCCCAACACUGGCCACCUCCACCACACCUCUGGCCCCUCCCACCUACAGCAACCCAGUGCAAGCUAUCUAGCAAGCCCCUCAACGAGCAGCAGUCCCCAGCCGCACCAGGGCCCCCUCCUCAAGCCUGCCAACGUUGCAUUCCUCUCCCAUAGCCAGAGCACAUCAAGCCGGGGAAAUCAGGCUAACUCCUCCAAUGAAGACGAGGAUGAGGGCACGGCUUGUUGAUGGUUCAAGACAGAUAUUGUGGCGAUUGUGGCUGAGAAGAUCAGUACGUGAGUGUUUUACCAAGAGGCAGUGAGAGUGCCUUGUGUGGUGAGGGGGAAUUCACUAUGUGGGGAGCCAUAGUGUAUAUAUCCAUUGAUGGGGAUUCGUACUAGUGGGGCUGAUUUUUCAAUGUAUUCUUUACAUUGGAGUGGAGGGAACUUUGUGAAGCAGCGUUUAUCUAUUAACUUCUUAAGUGACUAGACAAGAGCUAAAAGGAUGGGUGUAAGACAAAACCAUUUUUUUUUUAAUAUUUGGGAAAUAUGGGUUUUCAGCUGAGGUUCAGAGUCACAGUAAUUGCAAACUGCCAUAUUUUUCUCUCAUUUCAAAACGGUAAUAGACAGAUGGUGCAUAUGCUUCAGAUGUUAUUUAGUGACAUUUUACCUUUUCCAUUAAUUAUGCAUCCAAAAGAAAUUAGAUAAUAAAUCAUUAGUUAUAAUGAAUGAAAUCAUGGUCACAAAGCAGCAUGUUCUCUUAGUAAUAGGUCCAAGGCCACACCUUUUAAUUUAGAGAAUGUUUCAACAUAGGUAUCAACUGUUUUUUUUUCCUUUUUUAUAUGAUUCAUACCAAUUUUUACAGAUUCUUAAAAAUGCUAAGAAAUAUUCUCAAGCAGGGGAGGUUGUACAGUCAAGCAAAUAAGUGACUAAGCAAAAUUCAGAAACUUUUAGACAGCACAGAGGUGUCUGGCAGCUUGAAUCAUUCAAGAAUAAAUGAGAAAGUGGUAUGACAGAAUUGCUUGUUAAUUUUAAUAGUACAUGUACCAUUUUAAUGGUAUGACAGUGGGGUUCUACCCCCAAUGAUUUUAGGUGGCCAUAUUUUUCUUCAAGUUAUUAGCUUUAUUUUAGUAUUGUAUUGUUAACUCUGUCUGCUUUUAUGCAGUGUAUGAAUAUUGCAAAUUUAAUUUUAUUGAUGCACACUGAAAACGCAUGCUAAUAUCUUGUAUGAAAAUGAAGGACACAAAACUAGCCAUCCACAAAAAAAAAUCUGAAUUAUCCAUAUAGAUAAUCAGGUGUUCCAUGAUAUUUUGUCGAUACUCAUCCAAAAUCAGUUUGCAUUCACUUUAUCUCAUUAAAGUAUAAAAGUUGACACAUUAAGCAGGAAUAAAUAAUUAUAUAGUCAUAUUUUUCAUGAUAAACUUCUCUUUAUAGUGAUGUAGGAAAAUGUGCAGUGAAAUAAAGUUGCUAGAUGAUACUUCUUUUGAAUGAAAAUCUUUGUAAAUCAUGCAUGUCACUUAUUUGGCCAACUGUACUUUUGAGUAUUAGAAUGUUUGAUAAUUCACAAAUAGCUUUAUAUAUAUCACUGGUGAAUAUUCAGAAAUUUGAAGGUGCACUGCAAAUACUAAGCACAGGCAUCAAACUGACUAUUUACAUUAAACUACUCAUAAUUUACAUAAUCUUAUGAAUGUUUUACAGUACCAGUACUUGUAGUCAUUACAAUGAUCAUAAUUUUUUAAUGAUUAUAAGCCAGAUAUUUAGAUAGAUGUACUGGGCUACUCAUUCAUUUAUUCAUUUCCAGAUGUCUGGACCUUUUAUAUUUGUACACAUUUUUAUUUACCAUUUAGGGAAAUAGAAAAAUGCAUUGGGUGUUGGUUCAUUUGUCACAGAGGCAUUAAUGAUGCAGGGAAAUGCACAUGGGUCAUUAUUUAGCAUAGAUAGACCCACUGUCAACUAGUUACAAACCAAUACUAAAUCAAAUCCGUCUAGAAUAUAGCCGUAGCCCGCAGCCUUCAAAAGUAUAAAUGAACAUUCAAAAGUUCAAUCACCCUUGAGAUUCUUUACAAAGAGAAUGAAUGUGUUAGAUAUGUGUAUUUCUUUGUAUUUGUGUAUUCAUGUGAUAUACAUAUACUGUAUAUCUGCAGUAUAUAUGCACAAGAGUAAAUGCCAAAUUAUAUGAUUACAUGUACAAGAAUAUGAUAUCUGCAAACAUGAUGGAAGUUGCAUUUCCUCUGUUUGUAUGUCAGCCAAUGAGAAUUUAGCAUGUGUUAAUGGAAUAUAGUCCUUUGAACUCCACUUUUCCAAGCCAAAGCACAUGCCACAGUUCCCAGUGCAAAGAGAGACAAGACAAAAACUGUUCAGAUGUUUGAAAGGAGAAUUCCAAGUACAGUAUUUUAGUAGUUCACAUAUUAUUUAACACAGGGAUAUGUAGACCUCCCUUAUAACACUCAAAAAGGCAAAUAGUAAUGUCUGUCAGGUUCACCUUUAUGUGAAAGAUUCAUUUUUUAUAUUCAAGCUGGUAUAGUCUUGCACAGCUGUCAAGUGCCAAAUGUUAGAGUGCUUAUGCUUGAUAGACAGUAGUUUGGCGCAUAUAGUUAGAUACUUGUAGGAAAAGAGGCAUUUACCCAUCAGAGUUGUGAUUUUGAGCUGCAGUAAGUGAAAGACUUAUCCAUUCCUGGUUCUGCCUUUCAGUUGUAAGAAAAUUAAGGGUAACAUUGUUGCCGCUCUUGAAAAGUAGUUUCUUCCUGUUCGUGCAUGAGGAGAUUAUGAUUUUCACUCUGAAUUCAUGAUUGUUCCAUAGUAUUUCUUUCCAUGGAGGAGCAGAAAUCAUCUAGGGAAAUGAAAGUGGUAAGAAAGAGAGAAGAAAAGCAUACAUAUACACAUAUGACAAGGCCACACACUUAUAAUUUAUUGAUUUUGGUUAGUUUGAUUUAAGCCAACUUAUGUAUUGUGCAUUGAGAUGUAUAUAGUUACUAUACACUUAUACCACCUUGAUAUACAGACAGUCUGUGAUGUUGCAGCACUCAAACAUAAUUUCUGCUUCAUUCUAUUUAAAAAAUAUAUACAUAUAUAUAAGGAAAAACUGAAGAUAUUGCCACAAGGAAUGUGAGUACUUCAGUCCAAGAAAUAUAUUAUUUUUCCUUCAUAAGUCUUCAUAUGACAAAAGAACUUUAAAGUUAGUUUAAAGAGAGAGAGAGAGAAUAACUUGGAAAUAUUUUUUGAAAGUCACCAUAUCAGAAGUAAGUUUUUGAGGAAAAUCGCAUUGAAGUUUAUCUGAAAAGCUCUCUCUAGAUAGAUCAGUGAAAAAUGUAGGUAAGAAAAGUAGAUGCAUUUCCAUGACAGUCUGGUGGGAUGGCAUUUGCACGUAUCCUACACUGUGUGUUUGUCUUUCAUAAGGGCUAUGUUGCUAUGGCUUUAAGAUUAAACAUAGUUGGGCAUUUCUUCUUCCAAUUUCAAUGUCUAUUCCAUACUCUUGCCUUUUUCCCCAAUUUUUUUUCUCACCUGUUACUCUGUUUCUUUUUCUUAUUGAUUCUCUUGAUCUCACUCUCUGGUGUAAGAAAAAUCGGAGAUUAUGGUAUGUGAGAUACAGUAUCACUAUGACUGUGAGUACUGUUGUAGUAAGUAGAAAAAGAGUCAUUGUGAAUUUUCCCACUUACCUGAUAUAUGAACAUAAUGUGCUCUAUGUAAAUAUUUCUUAUUUUGAGCUAUAAUAUUUUUCUUCUUCUCAUUCUUUCUUUUAUUUGUCCCAUUAUUUUUGUUUUGUAAAAUAAAUCUUACCUUAGAUAUUGCACUAUAUGGGAAAUUAAAGAUCGUGGGUAUUCAUACAUCAUCAUUGAUAUGCAUAGCAGCAUAUGUCUGUAAUACAUGUCUCUUUGUAUGACAUGUUUUGAAUAAUCAUGAUGUGGCAAGUGAAUAUUUGUUGAGAAACUACAUGUGUUUUUCUAUUAUUAUUGUAAGCCAAGAGGUGAAAUCAUUAAAUGGUAUAAUUAAUAGGUUAUACUUAUUUGAAGGUACACAAAUAUGUUUAAAAAGAAAUACCAAAACAAAAACAUGUAGUUUUAAGAAGGAAUAGCUAAUUUGGGAAUGGAAAUUUUAAGGAUGAAACCCAGAGAUGAGACUUUAACGGAGUAAACUUGACAUAUUUGUCUUUCAGAUAUUUUAAGGCAUGAUCAGUGUUGUAUUUAUUACAUGAUGGAAGUUUUCUGUAUAUACAUUUUCUUUUCUUCCUCUUCUUCAAUUGUGCUUUCACAGAACUCCCUGUUUCCCUUUCCAGUUUCUUCCUUACUUUUCUAAAUCUAUUUUCUGAAUACGGAAGUUUAAUUGGGUAUGCAAAAGAGAAGUGCAAUAACUGUUUUAUUUUUUAAUUUAGGAGUUUAAAUUUUGAGGUAACAGUGAUACUAAAAGUUUAGGGUAGUUCGAUGAAAUAUUUAAAACAUAUAUUUAGCAGAUAUUUUAUUUUUAUUUUAAGUUUCAUAUGCAAACUAGAAUUGUGAUUUAUUUCAGUGUAAUUUUCUCAGCAUUUUCUUGUUUGCUUUAAUGCAAGUUUAUUUUGAUAUAAUUCGGUAGCAUUAACAUGAUCUCUUCUACAUAUUGUAAGACAUAUCACACUAUAUUUAGAAUAGACAAGUUUUGUCUGGUCGUCUCAUGUGUAUUUUCAGUAUUAAUUUACAUGUUAAUAAGCAUUUAUUAUAUGCUGUUACACACUUAUUCUUUUCUUUUUACUUCUCUUCAGUUAGCAGAGCUUUAAAUGUUGAGCUAUUUUUAUUUGUUAUUUUGUAAGUUCAACAGCAAAUGCUUUGUUUUUAUAUGUAACAUUCUUUUACACAAGCUCAAAAUAUGGGGUUAUUUUACUUCAGGUUCAAUAUAUAUUUUUCUGUUUUAAUAAUCAUUAUGCAUUUCCUUGGUAUGAAUGUAAUCUUUAUUCAGAAUUUAUUAUGAUUCAUAUUUUAAUGGCAUAAUUGUGGUGUAUUUUUUUUACAUAUACGGAUUACAUGUAAAACAGGGUAAUACAUUUGUUAAUUUCACAAGUGGAAUAACUAAAGAAGCUUAAAAGGAUAGGUUUUAUGUUGUAGUAUAAACUCCUUGUUAUUUGUAUAAUUAAUGAAAGGUUUUGUACUGUAUAUAUAUUUUUUCUUUGUUAUAAUGAGUAAAAAAUUAUUUCACUGGA